AUGGCGCAGCAUGACUUUGUUCCUCCUUGGCUAAAUUUUUCAACACCACAGGCAGUUAAGUCACCUACAACCACCUUUGAAAAACACGGGGAGCACCUACCCCGAGGAGAUGGUAGAUUUGGUGUAAGCCGUCGUCGACAUAAUUCCUCUGAUGGCUUUUUUAACAAUGGACCUCUACGAACCACAGGAGAUUCCUGGCACCAGCCCUCCCUGUUUCGCCAUGAUUCUGUGGACUCUGGUGUCUCUAAGGGAGCCUAUGCUGGAAUCACAGGAAACCUAUCUGGUUGGCAUGGCUCUUCCCGGGGUCAUGAUGGCAUGAGCCAGCGCAGUGGGGCUGGCGCAGGAAACCAUCGCCACUGGAAUGGCAGCUUUCACUCGAGGAAAGGCUGUGCCUUUCAGGAAAAGGCACCCGCAGAGAUUCGGGAAGAGAAGAAGGAAGACAAGGUGGAGAAGGUGCAGUUUGAAGAGGAAGACUUCCCUUCUUUGAAUCCAGAAGCUGGCAAACAGAAUCAGCCAUGCAGACCUAUUGGGACCCCUUCUGGAGUGUGGGAAAACCCACCUGGUGCCAAACAAACCUCCAAAAUGCUAGUUAUCAAAAAAGUUUCCAAAGAAGAUCCUGCUGCUGCCUUCUCUGCUGCAUUCACCUCAUCAGGAUCUCACUAUGCAAAUGGGAACAAAUCAUCCAACAUGGUUCCAAGCGUCUAUAAGAACCUGGUUCCUAAGCCUGCACCACCUCCUUCCAAGCCCAGUGCAUGGAAAGCUAACAGAAUGGAACACAAAUCAGGAUCCCUUUCCUCCAGCCGGGAGUCUGCUUUUACCAGUCCAAUCUCUGUUACCAAACCAGUAGUACUGGCUGGUGGUGCAGUUUUAAGCUCUCCCAAAGAGAGUCCCUCCAGCACCACUCCUCCCAUUGAGAUCAGCUCCUCUCGUCUGACCAAGUUGACCCGCCGAACCACCGACAGGAAAAGCGAGUUUCUGAAGACUCUGAAGGAUGAUCGGAAUGGAGACUUCUCAGAGAACAGAGACUGUGACAAGCUGGAGGAUGUGGAGGACAGCAGCACACCUGAACCAAAGGAAAAUGGAGAGGAAGGCUGUCAUCAGAAUGGUCUCCCUCUCCCUGUAGAGGAGGAAAGGGAGGUCCUCUCGCACUCACUGGAAGCAGAGCACAGGUUAUUGAAAGCAAUGGGAUGGCAGGAGUAUCCUGAAAAUGAUGAGAAUUUCCUUCCCCUCACAGAGGAUGAGCUUAAAGAGUUCCAUAUGAAGACAGAGCAGCUGAGACGAAAUGGCUUUGGGAAGAAUGGCUUCUUGCAAAGCCGCACUUCUAGCCUGUUCUCCCCGUGGAGAAGCACGUGCAAAGCAGAGUUUGAAGAUUCAGACACAGAAACCAGUAGCAGUGAAACAUCAGAUGAUGAUGCCUGGAAGUAG